AUAGGUUAGUGACUCUAAUGUCGCUUUAUUCAAGUAUAUAUAACGUACAGUAACAGUGUUUUAAGAAUUUCUAAAGUACUUUAAAUCAAUUAAUGAAAUGUGAUGUUUAAGUUCAUGUACAUAAUUUAUAAAAAUUAUUAUUUAUAUUUUAUAUACAUUAAUCUGUAAAUCAAUGCUUAUUAUUGAAAAAUGGCAGAAGAAGGAAAGAAAGUCUCCUUCGGUUUUGCAAAAUCUAUUAAGAAACCUGUAUUAAAAAAUAUUGUGCCACAAGAAGAAAAAAAAGUUGAUUAUAUUGAAUGUCUUGAUGAGAAAAAUAUUAAAGUAAUAGGUGAAGAGGAAAAAAAAGAUGAACCUCUCGUCAUUCCAUUAUUAGGUUCAAAAACUUGGCAUGACAGAAUUAUUAAUCAUAUCGAUGCAGAUAUUUUUGAACCUAAAGAAAAUAAAGAAAAGACAGAAGAUGUUAAUAUUAAUAAGGAAGUCAAGUCAAAAUUAUCUAAUGGAAAUGCUUCACCACAAAUUAUAACAAAAGAACUAGAACAAUUAGUGGAUAAUAAAGUUGUUACAUUAGAAGAACAAGCAGCUAAAGAAAUUAUUGAAGAAUUGAAAUUAAAGGAGCAGCAGGAAACAAAAACAAAUGAUUUUACUUUACCUUUAGUAGAAGAUCAAUCAUUAAGAGGCCAAGAACAGUCUACAUUAGAAGAUUAUGAAAGAAUUCCUGUUGAUGUUUAUGGUUUCGCAAUGUUACGAGGAAUGGGUUGGCAACCAGGAAAAGGAAUUGGUAGAAAUGAAAAAGUUGUAUCAGCAGUUAUACCAGAAUUACGACCAAAAGGUAUGGGUCUUGGAGCAGAUAAAGUAACUCAACAAAAAAACACAGAUUCUAACAAACAAGAAGAAGAACUUAAAAUAGAAAAAGGAACAUUUGUAAAAAUUAUAGCUGGAAAACAAAGUAAUAAUUAUGGUCAAAUAGAAGGAUUUGAUGAUGAUGCAGGAAGGCUCAUAAUAAAAUUAGCUCUUGGUGGAAGCAUAAUAUCUGUAAAUGAAUUUAUGGUUCAGCCAGUAACUAAAUCAGAAUAUUCAAAAAAUUCAAAAGUUUUAAAUGCGAAGAAAUAUGAAGAAUAUAAGGAUAAAGAAAGUAAGGAAUUUAAACAGAAAACAGAUAGAAAAAGAAAAUCGAUAUCUUCCGAAAAAUCUGAAAAUUUGGAUGACGAUGAAAAUAAUGAAAAGAAAAAAAAAAGUAUUACACAUGAUAAGAAAAAAUAUGAUAAAAUAACUGAUAAAAAAUCAAAAAGUCAAAAAAGAUACUCUGAAUCUGAUGUCAAUGAUAGUGAUCAUGGAAAAAAGAGAAGAAGAGAAAAAAGUAGUUCCAUUAGUAGUGAUUCUUAUAAAUCAAAAAAAUCUAAAAAAUCAAAGAAACAAAAAAAACAUUAUUCACCAGAAAGGUCGAAUAAAAAACACAAGAAAAAAGAUAAAGAAAAAGAAAAAACUAGAGAAAAAAAAGAUUAUACAGAUAGAUGGAAACAAAAAAAACGAAAAAGAUCAAGAUCUCGAUCUUCUAGUAGACGAUAAUUAUCAAAUAUGUAUUUCGUUAUUUUAAUUUCGUGGCAAAUUGUACAAUUUUGUUUAUACACAUUUUUUAAUAAAAUGUAUUUUUACAAAA